CAAUUAUUCGAUAUCACUUCCGAAAUGGAAAUAUUAAUUGAUCAGCAACUUCACGAUUACCUUUCUAUUAUCUUAACUGAAGCAUGCAUUGAAAAAAAUGAAAAUAUAAAUUUUAUAGAUAAUUUAAUUAUGAAUCAAAAAACAAAAAUAGAUAAAAAAAAAUGGUGCCGUGAGUGUGGUAAAGAUAAUAUUGAUAAUUCUAAGCGUAAAUGCCCUCAAUGCAAUACGAAACUUCCUACAAUUACUGAAAUUCAACAAGAAAUUGACCAAACGAUAUCUAAAAAAAAAGGAUACAACCAAACCUUUAAUUUUUAA